UAAAUUUGGUCCUUACUACUGAUUAGAAAACAACCUUCUCUUCCUUCCACUUUGAACUCAAAAUUCUCUGUCACUUAAGAUUGAUAUCCCAAGAAUCGAAUUGGAAUUGGAAUUGGAAUUGGAAUACAGAGAAUUUGAGUUUCAUCUCUCUCAACUUUUUCUUCUUCUCUUCUUCUUCUUCGAUAAAAGCAAGAGUCAUCACUCUUUAGUUACUAUAUAUAUAUCUAAUAUAUUCAGUUGAAUAAGAGCUCAAAAGGGUCUUUCUUUUUCUUUUCCAUCUUCAAAAUUUGUUCCAGCUUUUCAGGUCUCGCCGUCUUUGGUUUCGGCCAGAGCAGAGAUUUUCGUGGUGCAUUAAAAGUGGGAUCUUUAAGAAGACUAGGCAUAGAGAUUUGUUUUUGAAUAUUGCAAUUAUUUCGACGCAUUUAAGCCCAUUAAUAUAAAUAUAUAUAUAUAUUUAUAUAAAUUUAUGUCUUAUGCACUCUGUACCAAAUUCUGUAAUGGAUUUCAUGACUCUCUCUUUUUCUCACUCUGCCACAACUGUAUGACUCUGUCUGCUUUUUCUCACUCUCUCUAAUAUUACUACUACUACUGCUGCUACACUAGUUUUAUCAUUCUGAAAACUAGGUGGGGAAAAUUAUACAUUGAUAAAAGUUGACAAAUCAAAGUCAAGGCCGAAAAUUAAGAUCAUUUUUGCUUGGAAUAGAGUGAAAGAUCCAGGUUUCAUUCACUUUGCUUUCUUCUCUUCACUAGAAAGAAAGUGACAUUUCAGAGUUCAGACAAGAUCUACCAAAGCUUUAGACGGUUGCCUUAAGUGAUCAAAAAACAAUGUUGCCUCAGAAGCAAGCAGAGGAAGCCAUAGUCUCUAACUUCAGUGAGGUUGAUAGCCAUGAUCAACAAGCCAAAGAAGAAGGAUCAAAAGAAGAAGAGAAUCAAUCAAUGUUCAAUGUCAAGAAUUUUCUCUGGCAUGGUGGUUCUGCCUGGGACGCUUGGUUCAGUUGUGCUUCCAAUCAAGUUGCUCAGGUUCUCUUAACAUUGCCAUACUCAUUCUCUCAACUGGGAAUGGUCUCUGGGAUUGUUCUUCAGAUAUUUUAUGGACUUGUUGGAAGUUGGACUGCUUAUUUGAUCAGUGUACUCUAUGUUGAAUACAGAAGCAGAAAGGAGAAAGAAAAUGCUAGCUUCAAGAACCAUGUCAUACAGUGGUUUGAAGUGCUUGAUGGGUUGUUGGGUCCAAUCUGGAAGGCCUUGGGACUUGCUUUCAACUGUACUUUUCUUCUCUUUGGAUCUGUAAUCCAACUCAUAGCUUGUGCAAGUAACAUUUACUACAUCAACGACAAUCUAGACAAGAGGACAUGGACUUAUAUCUUUGGAGCUUGUUGUGCCACAACAGUGUUCGUUCCCUCUUUCCAUAACUACAGAAUUUGGUCUUUUCUUGGUCUUGGAAUGACCACUUACACUGCUUGGUAUUUAGCUAUAGCUGCUCUUGUACACGGUCAGGUUGAGGGAGUCCAACACUCAGCUCCUACUAAGCCUGUCCUUUAUUUUACCGGAGCCACUAAUAUACUUUACACCUUUGGUGGCCAUGCCGUAACAGUGGAAAUUAUGCAUGCCAUGUGGAAGCCUCAAAAGUUCAAGUACAUAUAUUUGUUAGCAACUCUAUAUGUUUUCACACUCACACUUCCUUCAGCUGCAUGUGUUUAUUGGGCAUUUGGUGAUGAACUCCUUAACCAUUCCAAUGCCUUUAGUCUUCUCCCCAAGAAUGGUUUUCGAGAUGCUGCUGUUAUCCUAAUGCUUAUUCAUCAGUUUAUCACAUUUGGCUUCGCAUGUACCCCAUUGUACUUUGUGUGGGAGAAGGUGAUAGGGAUGCAUGACACAAAAAGCAUAUGUUUGAGGGCUUUGGCUAGGUUGCCAGUUGUGAUACCAAUAUGGUUUUUGGCCAUUAUAUUUCCUUUCUUUGGGCCCAUUAAUUCAGCUGUUGGGGCUCUACUCGUCAGCUUCACUGUCUACAUUAUCCCAUCUCUAGCUCAUAUGCUCACUUAUAGAACAGCCUCAGCUCGCCAGAACGCAGCAGAGAAGCCUCCAUUCUUUAUGCCAAGCUGGACUGCAAUGUAUGUUCUCAAUGCCUUCAUUGUGGUUUGGGUGUUCGUGGUUGGAUUUGGGUUCGGUGGAUGGGCUAGUGUCACGAAUUUCGUUAGGCAAAUCGACUCGUUUGGACUCUUUGCCAAGUGCUACCAAUGCAAACCCGCCGUUCCCCCGGGAAACGCCACAGCCGCCUCCGCCCCACCGCACCAUCUUCAUUGAAGAAUUAAAAGAAAAUUUAGAAAAGAAAAAAAAAAAGAACAAAAAAAAUUACUUCAUAUUUUGUACCAUACAUGGGGCAAUAGUAAUAUUUCCCCUACAUGUAAUGUGUGUUGUUUUUUGUUUUUGGGGGGUCAUUUUGAUUUUUUUUUUUUUUAAAUUAGUUGAUAUAAGUAAAAUAGUGUGUUGCAUUGUGAUGAUGAUUUCCUUUGCUAUAAAAGCAUAUAGGCUAUCUAAUUAAAUUAAUGAUAUAUAUAUAUGUUUUUAGGGUUUUUUUUUUUUUUUUUUUGGUAUUAUUUAUUUUAGUGGGAUAUUUUAUAUAAGAUUUUGUUGUUCAUGUUGCUUGUACCUUGCAAUGUCAUUAUUACUUAGCAUGUUUCCAAAGUGGAUUAUAAAAAUGGGAAAAGGGGUAUGGGCUUGUC